AUGACGUUGUCAACUUGGUGUUUACAGUUAGCACCUAUAGUGAUAGAGAGCAGGGAGUGCCCGACAGAUCUUAUAGAAUUAGACAUACUAGACUAUGAUGCCAUACUUGGCAUGGGUUGGUUAUCCAAACAUGGAGCGACGAUUGACUGUCAAAAAAAGAUGGUGGAGUUCAUACCAAAAGAAGGAGAACUCUUUUCUUUUAAAGGAGAGGUUGAGGGUUUUUGUAGACCCAUAAUAUCGGCACUAGAAGCACAGAAUAUGAUACAACAUGGUUGUUCGGCAUUUUUGGCUAGUGUGGUGGAUAAAUCCAAGGAGACAGAGUUGAAACCAGAGAAUGUUCAUAUUGUUUGUGAGUUUCCAGAAGUGUUUCCUGAGGAAUUACCAGGUUUACCCCCAGACAGAGAAAUCGAAUUCGAUGGGAAGGUGGUAGCUUAUGGUUCUAAGCAACUCAAGGAAUAUGAGCAACGAUAUCCCACUCAUGAUCUUGAGUUGGUAGCAAUGGUGUUCACACUAAAGAUAUGGAGACAUCACCUUUAUGGGGAUAAGUGA